AGAAAAAAAAAUCCAUAGUUGCCCUGGGCAACCGAGAGGCUGCAGAGAGGUGCGGAAAGAAUUGUCGAUCUAUAGGGUUCUCGGAAAGAAUGGGGCGGAUCUCUGGGCUGGUGCCCUCUCGUUUUCUAACGUUGCUAGCUCAUCUGGUAAUCGUCAUCACCAUCUUCUGGACGCGGGACAACAACAUCCAGGCCAGUCUGCCUCCCCAUUUCACCUCCGAGGAUUAUGAGAAGGAGGACUCUAAGCUGGUCACUGCUCUCUCCAUUACACUGGGCCUUUUCCUGGUAGAACUAGCAGGUUUCUUUUCAGGCGUGUCCAUGUUCAACAACACCCAGAGCCUCUUCUCGAUCGGGGUGCAUUGUUGCGCAGCGGUGUCUUUGGCCUUCUUCAUCUUCGAGAGUUGGGAGAGCUCCACCUACUGGUGCAUCUUCGCUUUCUGCAGUGUCCUCCCAGCUUUAACUGAAGUAAUGAUGUUCAUCGCUGUCUUCGUGUUAAAGAAAAAAUCUUUCUGACCCUCUUUCCACAAACGUGGGGCGGAAGACGGAGAAGGCUUUGCAGUCUUUCAGUCCUUGGGGGAAAACAUGGGAAGACUCUACCCUCGAUGGGGUUUGGGGGACUAUUGGCAGUGUUCUUAUCCCUCCAAGUUUUGGCACAAUGAUAUUGUAUAUAGUACUUUAUAAUAAAACCCAACUUUUGUACCAUAAUUAAGCUGGUGAAACCUAGCACGGGGACGUUCAGUGUUGGCCAUACACAGGGGAAGAGGAGAGUGGGCUGCCCUGGAAAGGGAGCCUGGCGUUUUCCCAUCCACUCCAGGACCUUAAAAGUUACUGGUGCGUCUUCUUUUUAGAUGAUUACGGUCCAAAUCCCAGGAAGGGGAGGGGCCGAUUUAUUCAAGUGACAACGUGCGUCAUUCCGGGGACAACGCUCAAAGCAGGAUCAGGAGGCUUCUCACCCUUUGGAACUCUGAGUGAAGAAGCUGAGACUGGCUCCUUUAGAUUCUAUUUGGGAUGAAAAUGGAUAGAACAGCCCCUCUGUUUAUGGGCUUGGGGAAAGAAAGUGCAGAGUAUUACCACUGGAUAAAUCAGAGUUAGAAUGUCCUACAUUUGGCUCCCAGAAAAAUAUUCUUUAUUGUUAGUAAGGCAUGCCCUGAAUGGAUGUGACUUCUUCCCAUCUGUAAAAUGGGCAAUACUUACUACUACCCAAGUUAUGUGUCAAGGUGGAGAAACCGGGGACCCUUGAACACGUACUAGUUGUGUGACCUUGGAAAAGUCAUUUAACAUUUUUUAAGCCUUAGUCUCCUCAUCUGUGUGUAAAAUGGAGUUAUUGUGAGGAAAUGGGUAAAUGGUAUCCCCUCUCCACCAGGGAGUGGAGUCGAAUUCAUUUUUAUGGUAUACCCCAAAUCUUCAUUCUUUCCAACAGGAUUGGGGUGAGGCAUGCCACUCUAGAAGGUGACACUCCCCUAGGAAAGAUUAAUGGUGGCUGAAGGAAAGAUAGGAGGGAGCUUGGCACCUUGAAUUAUGAGAUAUGAUUACAAGAAACAUCAGAGUCAGAGUCUGAAUUUGUGUUCCAGUUCUGUUCUUUGUUAUCUUCUGGAUUUGGGGUAUAUCAUGUUAUUACUCCACUAGUGGUUUCCUCAUUUCAGAAGGAAGGCGUUGGCCUAGAUAAACUCUAAGAUUACUUCCAGUUUUAAAUUUGUGGAUCUUAGGUUUGAAGUAAAAAUAAAUAUGGAGAAAGUUAAAGCAUGGCACUAUUCUAUCCCUGAAUGUGACAAAUAUCUUUUAAAAUAAAGGCAAAAAGAGGUUGGGAA